AUGCCUGAUCCAGCAAAGUCUGCGCCGGCGCCCAAAAAAGGCUCAAAGAAAGCCGUAACCAAGACCCAGAAGAAGGAUGGGAAGAAGCGUAGAAAGAGCAGGAAGGAGAGUUACGCCAUUUACGUCUACAAGCGCAUUGCGGGGGAAGCUUCCCGCCUGGCUCACUACAACAAGCGCUCCACCAUCACCUCCCGGGAGAUCCAGACGGCAGUACGUCUGCUGCUGCCGGGAGAGUUGGCCAAGCACGCCGUGUCCGAGGGCACCAAGGCCGUCACCAAGUACACCAGCGCCAAGUAG